CCGGCUCAGGUCUCAGCAGAACGAAUGUGUUUCGUUGUAGUUGUGAUCAAGAACCGGUGGAUUUAAACCUUAAAUCUCUUUCUUUUACUGUAUAUGAUUUAAACACGCUUCAGCAGAGAUGUCUACCGCUCUUGAGAGUUACAUUAACCGGACGGUUGCCAUCGUCACUUCAGAUGGGAGAAUGAUUGUGGGGACGCUUAAGGGCUUCGAUCAGACGAUCAAUCUCAUCCUGGAUGAAAGCCACGAGCGGGUGUUCAGCUCUUCCCAGGGAGUAGAGCAGGUGGUUCUGGGGCUGUAUAUUGUCAGAGGCGAUAAUGUGGCUGUAAUUGGUGAAAUUGAUGAUGAAACCGAUUCUGCGCUGGAUCUUGGAAACAUAAGAGCAGAACCGCUCAAUUCUGUGGUUCACUGAUGCCUUUCAAAUCAGGACAGAAAAAUCUAUGUUUCGAUAAAAUUCCCCGUUUCUAUUUGAAAACCCACACCCUUCGGAAGUCUGAAGGCAUCAAAAAGGCAUCUUUUUUUUAAUCUUGAUGAAAAUAGACUGAAUGCAUAUCCUUUUUUACAUGUGUUGAAAUAAAUACAAAAAAAAAGUG